CUUGAGCUCAACGUGCUCGUGUCUCGGGCUUGGGCUCGACUGAUCUGCCUUAUCAGAUAUCCGGUAACGUUAGAGCGCCUACGUCACCAUGGAUGUAUUUUGGGAACGUCACAGACACAUGCUAACACACCCACGCCAAACAACUGGACGGUAGCUGUUGACGUUAGCUGGUAGCUGGAAGUUGUUGGCUGUUGACAUUAGCUCUUAGCUGUUGACAUUAGCUGUUGGCUGUUAACGUUAGCUGUUAGCUGGAAGUUGUUGGCUGUUGACAUUAGCUGUUAGCUGUUAACGUUAGCUGGUAGCUGGAAGUUGUUGGCUGUUGACAUUAGCUCUUAGCUGUUAACGUUAGCUGUUGGCUGUUAACGUUAGCUGUUAGCUGGAAGUUGUUGGCUGCGUGACACCACUCCGAGCCAGCGUUUAGUUUCCCCGAGCUGUCCGCGGACAGGCAGCGGGGGACAUGGCCGCUGCAGCUGUGGUCACAGUGCGACUGGUCCGCUCCUUCGAGCACAGGAACUUUAAGCCAGUAGUGUUUCACGGAGUCCGGUUAGACCAGACGGUGAACGACUUCAUACAGCUGGUCAGAGACGAUAUAGCAACACGGCCGGGGCUUCCUCCACCUUUCAAGAAAUACGCCUAUGACACAAUGAAGAUUAUCCACCAAGCACAUGGAGCAAAGACUAAUGAGUUGGUGAUGAGUUUAGAGGACGAUGAAAAGCUGAUCCUGAUGGCUAAACCCACACCAAGCUACAGCGUUGGUCUGGUGGCGGCUGUCUUCCAGCUGGCUAGGGAACCAAAUAUAAGCGUUUCCCUGGUUGGCUGGACUGCUGGCUUGCUUCGCGGAAGCAGCUGGGCCUGCUGA